CGGGCCGCGGGCCUUGAAGAUGGUCAGAAAGAAUCAAUUACCGACCGGAGGAAGGAUAGAUGCGCUAGAAAGCGAUCAAACGGCGCUGCAUUCUAGUCAGCCACUCGAACUAUAAGAAUACGACGCUGCCUCUACAAUGUACUUGAGACAGACGCCGCCAGAAUGGCUCUCGCCACACCUCGCUUACUGUUUUCGUUUGCCCUGGCAUUUGUCGCUACCGCUUUCGCUCUGCCUCAGCUGAGUUCGCCUCUUGGUCCUGUGGUCAAUCUUGGUUAUGCUGCUUUCGCAGGCAAUUCCACGUCACCAACGGGACAGGCUAACGGGCCAGUGACUUUCUUUGGUGGAAUACCUUAUGCACUACCACCGCUUGGAGAUCUACGUUUCAGAGCCCCUGUUCCGCUGGAUGAGCGGGUCGUGGAUGGUGGGAUUGUUUCAAUCACGGACACGCGUAACUGGGGUCCACCGUGCAUUCAGCAGCCUGCACAGGUUGGAAUUGGGGAAGAAGAUUGCCUGACUCUUAAUAUCUGGAAACCGACCGAUGCGAAGGAAGGAGACAAACUCCCGGUCAUUGUCUAUAUUCAUGGGGGUGGAUUCGUCUACGGUACACCGCAAGGGUUUCCGUUAUACGAUUGGGUCAAUCAGUCCAAUUUGAAGGUUAUCGGGGUAUCCAUGGCCUAUCGUCUCAAUGCAUUCGGUUUUCUCGCAGGAAGCGCCGUGCAGGCGGAUGGUGAUCUAAAUGUCGGACUUCUCGACCAGCGAGUUGCUCUUGAGUGGAUUCAACGUCAUAUUGCGAGCUUCGGAGGCGAUCCAGACGAGGUGACGAUCGACGGUCAGAGCGCUGGCAGUGCAAGCGUCGUAAUGCAAAUGACUGCUUAUGGAGGUUCCAAGCCAGCUCCCUUUAAGCGUGCAAUUGCGCAGUCGAUUGGGAUUGUUUCUACUCCCACGGCGAAUGACUCCGAGUCGAUGUUUAAAACUAUUGCGGAAGUCAUCGGAUGCCCCGUUUCUGAUCCGCAAGUCAUGUCUUGUCUUCGAAAUGCUUCGCUUGGUGCACUGAUAGCAGCUAUCAAUGCGGUUCCAUUCGAAACUCUUGCGCCGGUUAUUGACGGGCCCGGUGGCAUUCGCCCGGAAUUGCGGGUUGCGCUCAUCAGGUCGGGUAACUUCAGCGUGGUCGAUUUCAUAGGUGGUCAUUGCACAAAUGAUGGACGCUUUUCAGUGGGUGGAACUCCUGAAGACUAUAAAACGGAUGCGGAUGUGAUACGUUUUGUAUUUUCGCGCAUUCGUCCUUACAUUACGAAUGAAACAAUACAAGAAGCGCUUGCCAUAUACCCAGCACCAGGAGUACCUGGCAGUCCGUUUGCCACGCAAUAUGAUCGCGCGGCGAUUAUGUAUCAAGAUAUCGCUUAUGGCUGCAUGGACAUGUUCCUCGCUCAGAAUCUCCAGAAGAAAGGGGUCAAGAACAUCUUCACAUAUAGGUUCAAUUCACCGAACCCUGUGUUACUCGCGCAGACACCAUGGGAAGGUGUGAUGCAUACUUCUGACCUUUUCUAUUUGUUCGAUGGUACAACCUCGGCUCCAAAUGCAGGAUUCACGUUUACUCCGUUCAAUGCCACCGAAGCAGUUCUGUCAAAGGAGUCCAUUGCAUACUGGACGUCCUUCAUAUCCUCUGGCAAUCCUUCAACUUCACGGGAGGCUAUUUCGCCAGAGUGGCCGCCGUUCUCGUCUGGCAGUCGGAUGGUUCUCAGCCAACCUCCAAACUCAAGCUUGAUGGCGAGUGCAUCGAUGAUGGAGAUUACGCCUCCAGAGCAGAUCGAGCGCUGCAAGUUCUGGAUGUCGGAGAAAGUCGCGAAUCAGACAAGGCUUUGA